GGAGGGCGGUGUGUCGGGGAGGGGUAAGAUGGCGUCGUGGGCGUCGGGAGGCCUGGGCCUGCUGUGGGGCUGGUUGUGGAGCGAGCGCUUCUGGCUCCCGAGCAACGUCAGCUGGGCCCACCUGGAGGCCAGCGGGGGCCCCGGCCAGCCCUCCUACCCCCGGGCCCGACACAUCCUCGCCGUCUUCCCCCUGGCCGCCGGCCUCUUCUCCGUCAGGCUGCUCUUCGAGCGGUUCGUCGCCAAGCCGUGCGCUAUCCACCUGGGCAUCCAGGACAGCGGGACGCGCCACGCCCAGCCCAACGCCAUCCUGGAGAAGGUUUUCACGUCCAUCACCAAGAGCCCCGACGGGAAGCGGCUGGAGGGCCUGUCCAAGCAGCUGGACUGGGACGUGCGGAAGAUCCAGUGCUGGUUCCGGCACCGCAGGAACCAGGAGAAGCCGCCGCCGCUCACCAAGUUCUGUGAAAGCAUGUGGAGAUUCACCUUCUACCUGUGCGUGUUUUGCUACGGGAUCCGGUUCCUGUGGUCGACGCCGUGGUUCUGGGAUACUCGACAGUGCUGGCACGGUUACCCCUACCAGCCCCUCACCUCGGACCUGUACCACUAUUACAUCAUGGAGCUGGCCUUCUACUGGUCCCUCAUGUUCUCCCAGUUCACGGACAUCAAACGCAAAGACUUCCUGAUCAUGUUCGUCCAUCACCUGGCCACCAUCGGCCUCAUAACCUUCUCCUACAUCAACAACAUGAUGCGCGUGGGGACGCUGGUCAUGUGCCUGCACGACGCCUCCGACUUCCUGCUGGAGGCAGCCAAGCUGGCCAACUACGCCAAGUACCAGCGGCUCUGUGAUGCCUUCUUCGUGGUCUUCAGCGCCGUCUUCGUGGUCACGCGCCUGGGCAUCUACCCGUUCUGGAUCCUGCACACGACGCUGGUGGAGAGCUGGGAGAUCAUCGGGCCCUACCCGUCCUGGUGGCUGUUCAACGCGCUGCUCCUCGUGCUGCAAGGCCUGCACGUCAUCUGGUCCUACCUGAUCGCCCGCAUCGCCUACAAGGCCCUCGCCCGGGGCAAGGUGUCCAAGGAUGACCGCAGUGACGUGGAGAGCAGCUCGGAGGAGGAGGACGGCGCCCGGAAAGGUCCUCGGGGCGGGGGCGGCACCAGCAACGGCGCCAACCGCGCCAACGGGCACGCCUCCGCGGGGAGCCGCUGGGCGAGGGAGUAGGGCGGGCGGCCGGGCGGGGCCGACGAGGGGGCACGGCCCCCGGGACCCACGGACUCUGAGGCCUCACCCGCGGCCCCGCUCCGGGACGGAGGAGCCGGGGCCCUGGAGACAAACGUUUUUCCCUUUUUUUUUUAAGAACCCCCCGCCUUUUGUAUUUAAUAGCCUCCGUGUCCUUCCGUGACGUGACGGCGGUGUGCGUGUGUGCGUGCGUGCGUGUACGUGAGCUGGGGCCGGGAC